CUGGCUUGCGAGCUUCGUUUUGACGUGGCAUCUCGCUGCGGCGGGACGAUGGCGGCAGCGGUCACGGAAGCGAAGCCUCGACAGCUGCAGGUGGCCAGGUUGCUCCAGGAGGAAGAAGAGAGCUGGAUUAGCUCCGAGGAGCUGUACACGGACGGCAGCAGUGACGAGGAGUUAGCUAAAGGAAGCAGCGGUCGUUCCAUUCACUCAUCAAUCCCACACCAAUCAUCGACGUCGCCCAGACUCGUCUUGGGGAUGAGAAAUGCACGUCGACCUUUUCCUUCUCCUGGCCCUCCUGCAACUGCGUCGGAACCUGCCGUGCAGGACGCACCUCACUUGACGGAGACCACGCGCCGCCUCUCCAUGCUGGGCCUUCAUCAAGAAGCACCGCGCCACCCCGCCGCCGCCGCCGGGGCUGACCGCUGCUACAAGGAUAGACAAGAUAAAGAGAUGGAGGAGCAAGAAGACAUAAUGUUGUGGCGGCCCAAGCGAGGCUCGUUGAAGCUCCCCCACAUCGACCUCUCCGGCCUGCAGUCAUCAGCUCGCCUGACCUGCGAUGUCGCCAUCGCUGAGGACGGAUGCGGGAAUGAAGCCGAAUCUUGCGCAUGUGAAACGAGUGUCCUGUUGGAACAACCCGCGACGACGGACGAACAGAAUUGUGACUACAAAACCACAUGUGAUUCCCCCGAUGAUAAAGAGGAAACGUGCAACACCGAAACUGGCAAGACGCGCGCUACUGAGCGAGAAGAAACGAAGGAGAGCAUCGCUAAGACUUCCACCACUCCUACUGCUAUUGAAGGCCGAAUGAGCGAUGAUGGAGGAACUUAAGAAUGUGAUCAUUCUUCGGAAAUUUGAUAGGUUUUAACAUUUAUAAAAGCCAAUUAGUUAAUUUUGUAAGUUUUCUUUUCUUUGAGCUAUACAUAUAGAUGGUUGGUUGACUUUCAUCCGCAUUUUAAAUCAAAACUCGAGCUCGGUUUAUACUUUAUACUGAUGCCUUCACAUCGCUUACGAAUCACCAUUUCUUCACUUAUUUAAAUUUAAAUUCCUUUGUUUUUCUGAUGAAAUUCCUCUCCUGAAGAUCUAUUUUUACAGUGCAAAAGUCUGCGCGAUUGCGUUUUGAAUGGCGUUAUGAACGUGCUCAUCAUGCUCGCUGAAUUUAUUUCCUAACAAUAAUCUCACAAAUUUUAAACGCAAGUGACCAGCUUUCUUGAUGGUUCAGUUGGCCGCAUUAUAAUUGAACUUUUGGCGCUUAUCUUUCUGUACCAUUUAUGCUUCAGUUGUUCUAUUUUGCAACUCAUCUAUAUGAGCCUAAAUCUUAUACGAAAAAUUAGAAGCCUCUGUAAUAGACGACUCUUACAUAUCUAUGCAGUAAUUGCUGGAAACUUGUGUAGCCUCUCUGAUAGUAUGUGCGGUGAUCUUACAUUGUUUUGACGAACGCCAAUGUGGAUGGAUGAAGAAUAACAAUGCGCACUUUCCAAGUAUCGACUUUCCGUAUCGGUGCUACGUACUUUCCGUUCGUUACGGGUUCAAAUUCAUCCUUCCUCUAGACAACUCCUUGCCACCGGUGAAGUGCACAGCGCAUUGGCCCAAACAAUCAUUUACUGUAGCAAUCAUCGUUGGGAGUAAUUAGCUCGCUGAAAUGCAUAAUGCUGUCGAAUUUCCCUCUCGAUCAAUGAAUUGUUUGUUUUCACUCCUUGCGUUCAAAUUUAGGGCCAGAAUGUAUAAUGUAAUUUUUGACAUUUCUCUCCUUUUUUGAGUGUUUCUUGAAUUAUGAAUUAUAAGUUGAUGCCUGUUAUUCGCGGUAAUGUUCACUCGUCGUGUGCAAGCGAUCAAUCAAGUAAACAGUAGCCCUAAAUGGUCCAUAACCUCCUCCUAUUAGUGCUCGAGGUCAGAGUAACCUAUCCGGCCAUUUGCCCAUAGUAUCAUUCUUGAUACUGUGGGCCUACCACGAUCCGGAAUCGACAACAGAUUUCAGACAAGGUUACAACCACGACACCAUACAUGUCACGUCUCGCAAUUGCUUGUCCGGCAAGUAAUAGCAUCUCGCUAACUAAUUUCAGUGGCUUGAUAAUAUCGCAUCAAAGUACAUUUUAAAAGUUAUACUUUUGUAGUUACAUAAAUAGCGUCACUAUAUGCCCGGUAGAUAGCUCUAGUAAAGAUGCCGUAUAAAUUCAUGAAUGUGACUCUCUUUCAGUAUUUGAAACUAAGAAGUUCGCAUAUCAAUAUGACAAUCAUAUUCUCUUCACAAACGAUAAUGAUUUGGUGUUCAUGUACGUGAUUGCAUCCCUGAGGCUUGAGUUGAAUUGAAGCUAAUUCUAAAGUUUCUGGCGACUAAUGCAUCACUCAAGAUGAUGCAUGCAGUAUGCUGAGGAUGAUCAGUUAUUCCGUAAAUUGAUGGAGUAGUGCAAUAAGCACUUCACCACAGCAUUCCAAGUCUUUACCUCGGAAUCAUUCUUUAUUUAGACUCGCAAUUGGCUCAUUUGUGACCCUCUUUCCCGUACUCCAUAUUAAUGUGUUUUAAAUAAAUCAUGCUUUUUAA